AUUUAUGAAAAACAAUUUAAGAAAUAAUAGAAAGGAAACAAAUAUUUUAUGUCGUUUAUAAUAAUUGUGAUUUAUUAAUCCAUGAAUUGUUAGUCGGUGGGAAGCCGAGCCAUUUAACAUAUACAUUGUCUCCAUUACUUUUAAGUACUUUUUCCACGAGAUAAAUAUGAGGGUAUUUAGUCUUUUGUAAUUCUUUUUCGUAAAAACAUCCACUAAUAGGUUGACCAUUAAAAUCUUCAAGGAGAUAUGUUGGCGGGUUGGUUAGGUUUACUUUUCUUAUCAUAAAAAUUUCCGUUGUCCAAUUUGAUGUGAUUAAAACUAAAUUCCUUCCACAUUUUUUUCAGAAAUUUCUGUAUAAAUAGCUGUUUCAGUUUAGGAUGUAUCUCAUACCGUCGACGAUGAAUCUCAGAGAAGAACUUUUACAAGUUGAAGAGGAAGUUUUGUUCAAGCCUUGUAAAAAGGUUAUUGAAUUAAAACAAAAUGAAAAAUAUCGUAUUGGUAAACUGAAACGUUGUGUUACGAAAUUUGGAGAACGAAUUGUUGCUGAUUUGGGCGAAUUUCAGACUUUCUUCCCAAUGCGAUACAACAAAUUGUCAGACGCUGCAAUAACCGAAAUCAAUCGAGGUUCAUUCAACUUUACCUAUUUAUGUCCGUUAGGACGAACUGCUAGUAUUAAAAUUGAAGAAGAACUGUAAAUUAUUAAAUAAACCUUACAUGUUCUGAGCAUA